UAGGGAUUGGAGUUCACUAUUGAGUCUAUGGUAUAGUCUUUGGUAUAGUUUUCACUUCAAAACGAGUUAUUGUUUAUUAUUAUUACUCAUCGAAAGUGUGACUCAAAAUAGCACUCAAUUUGAGGACUAAUUGUAUUAAGAGAUGUUGGAACAGUUGAGAGACAAACUGCAAACCGUUCAAAACGAUUUGACCACAAGCAUCAGAGGAUUGACUCAACCAAUCAGUCCCGAGGCUAAAGACGAGGUCAGAACUAAACUGGGUUUCCAUAGAAAUGUCCACAAAUCUAGAGUCAAUUUGAACGCCGGAUCAGAACUGCUUCAGAGAUAUCAGACUCAAUGGCAACGAAUGCAUGAAAUGAACGAAUCAAAUGUCAAGUCUGCCGAAGAGAUCUCCGCAGCCAUUCAUUUGGUAGACUCGGCCGUCAAGAAACAGGACUCGUUAAUGAAUGAACUAUUGACUCAAUUGUCUGCUUUACCACAACUCAUGGAAUCGAUGGAAUCAAUCGAAAAGGAUUUGAUUCGAUGUAAGAAUGACUUCUUGAAAGUGGAAAACAUGUUAACAGAUUUGGAGGACGAGAAAGAAUUGGACGAAAUGGAGGCUUUGAAAAUCGAUCAACACUUGAAGAUUGAAGUCUAUAAAGACAGCAAAUCAUCGCAAUUGGAAGCGUUGAGAGUGAAACUGGCGGUCGAACACACCGAUAGAGUCCACACUUUUGAAAGACAACAGCAAAAUAUACUGAAGGAAAGACAGGAAGCGUUUCAAAUGGUGUUCGAAGAAGAGCUCAAUCGAUAUAAAACUCACGGAAGAAUUGAACCCAAAGUACAAACCAUUUCACACCAAAGAAUUCCUUCCAUCGAUGAGAUUGAGAUCGAGACCGAAAAGUCAGACGAAGCGGCUCUCGAAGAAUUCCUUCAGAGCUAACCAUUGACUCCAUUCCCAAAAUUGCCUUAUUUUUGACAAGAGAUUAAAAAUGUUGAGAUUAAUUGUUUGAG